CUGGGGGGCCCAUGGAGGUGAGAGGCGGACAUUCCUGGCAGCUCCCUCACCCCCCAGGCCUGAGGGAGGGACCUGAGCCCAAGGUGGCGUUCCGCGGAGGUGCGAAUCGCUGCUGGAACCUCAGCGCCGACGCCAGCGGCAGACUAACGGAUGUGUUCAGCACCGUGAUGGCCGGCUCCUCUUCCUUCUAUGAUUGCUACAAAGCGCAGAGUGAAGACAAUGUUGACCUAAGGCAGACCUAUACUCCACUUUCUUCAUCAACAGAAUAUGCAAGUUCUGUAGAUUCUUCACUUUUCUAUGCACCAUGGUCUACUUAUGGAGAUGAUAUUAAGCAGCCUUCUAAUUCUCAAAUUAAUGUAAAGAACAGGAUUCAAACAGAAAGAAAUGACUAUGGCAGUGAAACAGACUUAUAUGGACUUGUAUCUAACAUUUUGGAAGAACAAGAUAAGUCACAGCCAUAUUUUGCUGAAGGGACCUGCUCCUCCAAUUUAAAGUCAGUUUGGCCAAUGAACACAAGCAGAUUUGCAGAUCACCAUGACCUGUUAACAGAAACCAAAAGGCCAAUAGAUACAGCCAUCUCUCAGCAAGCUUUUUAUAGUGGUGAAUCUGUGUCAGCAGUGGAAAAGCAAUACCUGCAUAAUAGUAAUCUUACACCACAACAAAAAAUAGAUGAACUUUAUCAUGGAUUUACUGGUUUAGACCUUGAAGAACAAUGGAUGUACCCCUCACGAAGUGAUCAUUCUAACUGUUUCAAUAUUCAGACAAAUGAUACAGCUAAGACAUUCCAAGAAUAUCCAUUUGUCAAAAACUGUUUUACAUCACAAGCUGGCCUGUCUGACGUCAUGAAAGAAUCAGGACUUGAUACUUACCCUUAUGGAAGAGAGAAAAUGUGUGUUAAAAGUCUUGAAGCACCAUUACAGCAAAAAAGGGCAGAGAUAUUUCUUUCCCAGUUUAAUAGAUACAAUGAAAAUGCAGAUUAUUGUAGAUACUCAGAAUAUGCUCAUUCUAAUAAGGCUAAGCUUAAUAAGUGUUCAAAUUUUAGUGUCCAAGACAGCAAAAAAUUAGCCAAUGGCACACCUGAAACACCAGCUGUAGAAGCAGACACCUACACGAAGUUAUUUCAGGUUAAGCCAGCAAAUCAGAAAAAGAUGGAAGAGACAAUGUCUGACCAGCAGAAUUUCACAUUUCCAAAAACUACAUCACACCUGACAGAAAAACAGUUUGCAAAGGAAGCAGCAUUCACUGCUGAUUUUGGCUUAAAAUCAGAAUAUGGACUAAAACCUCAUACAGUUUGUUCAGCUAAUAGUGAUUUUGCUAAUGUCACAGAAAAGCAACAGUUUGCUAAAGCUGACCCCCCCAAUUCUGAGUAUUUUAAAUCAGUGAAUUUAUUGUCAAACUCAGCAACAUCUUCAGGAGGUAUCAGUAUAAAUAGGCCAACUUGGAUGAAUGUCCACACAAAAAAUAACAUUCCUAUUCCUUAUCGAAAUCAAGGUAACUUAAUGAAAUUAAAUAGUCAUUUAAGUGCAGCUUCGAAAGGUUCUAACCAUUCUUCAGAUUUCCCCCAACUAUCAUCCACAAAUUUAACUCCAAAUAGCAAUUUGUUUCAGAAGUAUUGCCAAGAAAACCCUUCAGCAUUUUCUAGUUUUGAUUUUAGUUAUAAUGGUGCAGAAAGAAUUCAAUCUGUCAAUCACAUGGAAGGACUGACAAAGACUGCGGAAGAAAAUCUCUUUGAAUUGGUUACUGAUAAAAAAAUAAAGCAGCCAAACGGAUUUUGUGAUAACUACUCAGCUCAACAGUAUGGGAUCAUUGAAAAUGUAAACAAACAUAAUUUUCAGACAAAGCCCCAGAGUGGACAUUAUGAUCCUGAGGAAGGUCCAAAGCAUUUAGAUGGCUUAUCUCAAAAUACGUAUCAAGAUCUGUUGGAGGCACAGAGUCAUUUUAAUAGCCACAGACAGGGAAGUGGAGACAACAAUAUUAAUAGCCGUGUGAAUCGCACACAGGCGUCAUGCUUUUCUAAUUAUAUGAUGGGAGAUUUAAGGCAUAAUCAGAGUUUUCAACAACUUGGUUCAAAUGGGUUUCCCCUAAGAUCCACCCAUCCAUUUGGCCAUUCAGUUGUUCCACUGUUGGAUUCCUAUGAUUUGUUUUCUUAUGAUGAUUUAAGCCAUUUAUACCCUUAUUUUAAUGAUAUGAUGUAUGGUGAUAAUUCCUUUUCUGGUUUCGUGCCAACUUUUGGAUUUCAAAGACCAAUUAAAACCCGUAGUGGACCGGCCAGUGAACUUCAUAUUCGUCUAGAAGAGUGCUAUGAACAAUGGAGAGCAUUAGAAAAGGAGAGAAAAAAGACUGAAUUGGCCCUUGCCAAGAAUUACCCAGGAAAAAAAGUAUCCAGUACUAACAAUACUCCAAUUCCAAGGCUGACUUCCAACCCAUCUAGGGUUGACCGCUUAAUUGUGGAUGAACUUCGAGAACAAGCCAGAGUUGUAACUUUACUAGGCAAAAUGGAACGUCUUCGAAGCUCUCCCCUUCAUGCCAAUAUCUCUACUGCUCUUGAUAGACACUUGGAGUCCAUUCACAUUGUACAGUCACGUAGAAAGGAUGAAAUUGUUAAUGCUUCAAAUCGUCAAAAGCAAGGAGUUCCUAGAUGCCAAGAUGACAGAGAUGUUUUUGCCCUUGCUGCAGCAAUUAAAGAGAUGUGUGUGGCUACUCGGAAGGCACGCACUACUCUGUGGUGUGCACUGCAGAUGACUUUGCCAAAAACAGCCAAUACAGCUGGCCAAACGGAUGUGGAAAAGGCUUUACAAGAUAUAGUAAACUGUGAAGAUAAAGUCCAUGAAAGCAUAAAUAGUAGCAAUCCAAUGAACCAGAGAGGUGAUGCAAACAAACAUUAAGGAAAUGCCAAGCAGAAAGAAUAAAAAGCUGAUAAGUAAAUAUAUCAAGACAUGCUCAACAAUUUUAAUGAACUUGUCAAACUUGAAAAUUUCAAUGCAUUUUUUUCAGAUUUAGAGUUUAAUACCUUAAUGAAGUCUAACUUCUAUUUAAAAAUCUAUUUGGAAUGAAUCAGAUAUAGUUUAAAGUGAACUCAAAGGGAAAGUUGACUACUGUAGGAGUUCUGAGUAGUCAAAGAUAAGUUUAAGUAAAUUAAAUAUUUCCUAACAGCUAAAAUAUUGCUUAAACCCAUUCUGCAGUGCAGGUAAAUGCAAAUGUGAAAUUCUUCUAGAAGAUAAGUUUCAUUUAGGUCUGCCUUAGUAAGUAUAAUUCCAAAUAAUGAAUCUAAAUGACUGUAACCCAAUUAUGGCUACAGUCUAGUAACCGAGACAAGUUUUGAUUGUGAUAUAAAAGUGUUUUCCUUACAAAACUGGAUAAUACCUAGGAAACAAAGGAAAA